GCCAAUCUUAUAACCAUGUCAGCACCCAAGAACCCCCCCUUCAGAGCAGAACACCUGGGCUCCCUCAAACGCCCAGACAACCUCCUCGCCGCCCGCCGCGACGUCCACGACCACAAAGCCACUGCGGACUCUCUUCCCACCAUCGAAGACCGCGCCAUCGCCGACGUGGUCAAGAUCCAAGAGCAAUGCGGUUUCCACGCCCCCAGCGACGGCGAGUACCGUCGCCACAUGUUCUGGGGCACUNUUUUCCCUUCUCUGAAAGGCUUCACCGAAAUUCAAGGGCCCAGUAUUGAUAUCUUUCGCGAAUAUGUGCCUGAUAUCGCUGCGUUUUUGGAGGCUGAUCAUGUGCCUGGCGAAACGGUGAUUUGCNGAGGGAAAAUCGAACAUACGGGGAAAAGCAGCUAUAUUGAGCAGUUUGAGUAUAUGAAGAGUCUUGUGCCCAAGGAGCAGUGGGGGAACAUUAAACUUACGCUUGCUGCGCCGAAUUGGUAUGUUUUACUUGNNUAUCAUUUGAGAUACAAGACUGGAAAGGCUUACCCCAAGGACGUCUACGCCAACGACCAAGAAUACUUUGCCGACAUUGCAAAGGCGUACCGCACCGAACUCCAAAUCCUCUACGACGCAGGUCUCAGAAAUGCUCAAGUCGACGACCCAAACCUCGCCUNNGUACGUGCACCUACACUUCCCACCCUUGACCCUCCACUAACUCUCACCUACACAGACUUUUGCUCCGAGAAAAUGCUCGAGGGCUGGAAAACAGACACCUCCAACACACAAACUGCCGACGAGCUCUUCGACAGCUAUAUUGCCUUCUACAACGACUGCUUCCAGCGCCCGCAAGACAUGCAUCUCGGCAUCCAUCUCUGCCGCGGCAACUUUGUAAACUCGCGCCACUUUAGCGAGGNNGGCGGCUACGACCGCAUCGCCGUGAAGCUCUUCCGCAAUCUCAACGUCAGCACCUACUACCUCGAAUACGACACCNCCCGCGCCGGCGGCUUCGAACCCCUGAAAUCUCUACCUCAAGACAAGUUUGUGGUGCUGGGUGUAGUCACCAGCAAAUUCCCUGACUUAGAGGACAAANAAGAUAUGGUGCAGAGAGUGAUGGAUGCGGCGAAGUUUGUGGCAGAGGGAAGUGGGCAGAGUAUACAGCAGGCUUUGCAGAGGAUGGGAGUUAGUCCACAGUGUGGGUUUGCGUCGCACAGUGAGGGUAAUCUGUUGACGUAUGAUGAUAUGGUGGAGAAGUUGAAGUUGGUCAGGGCGAUUGCUGAUGAGAUUUGGCCUGGUGAGCCUUAG